UUUAAAUGAGUGGGGAUGUUUUUGAGAUGUAUUACUAUAUUAGGUGACAUGGAACUUUGCAUCUCUCAUACCAUCACUGCAAUGUUGGCCAAUAGAAAGCUAAAGUCACCCAAAAACUGCCUAGUCCCUCCUUCCCUUCCCUUAUGGUCUGGUCCUACCUGCCUCCAGUUCACAAGUCAAGGCUACUCUCGGGAAUGCUAUGUGCCCCCUCCGCGAGCCCUCGCUCCACCACUGCUCCAGGUUGGCUGCUCCUCACCUACUUUUCCAUGACCGUGGGCUCCGGCCGCUGCCCCGCUCUCCUCCGCAAUGUUUCCUAGCCCUGUGACAACGACACCCUUCUCGGUCAAGGAUAUUUUGAACCUGGAACAGCACCAGAGCGGCCUGGGCUCCAUGGAGCUCUCCUCCUCCUCCUGCAUGCUGGCCACCUUCAAGCAGGAGGCGUUCAGCUCCGAGCCUCCAGCCCUGCCUGACCUGCGGGAGGAGAUGCCCGAAGCCCACCCGCCCAAGACCCCCGCCGCCUUCCCCGCCUCCUACUACGUUAAAAGCUACCUGGAAAUGGACUCGGCCAAGGAUGCCAAGGCGGACAAGAAAGAACUGUGUUCCCUGCACAAGAGCCUGGAGCAGGAGAAGAGAGACCUGGAAGAUCCCGAGCGCCCCAGACAGAGGAAAAGGAGGAAACCUCGGGUCCUCUUUUCUCAAGCCCAAGUCUACGAACUGGAGAGAAGGUUCAAGCAGCAGAAAUACCUCUCGGCUCCGGAGAGAGACCACCUAGCCAAUGUCCUAAAGCUCACCUCCACCCAGGUGAAAAUUUGGUUCCAGAAUCGAAGGUAUAAAUGCAAAAGGCAGAGACAGGAUCAGACCCUCGAAAUGGUGGGCAUCCCUCCCCCGCGGCGGAUAGCGGUGCCCGUGCUGGUGCGCGAUGGGAAGCCCUGCCUGGGGGAAUCUUCUCCCUACAGUUCGCCGUACAACGUCAGCAUCAACCCCUACAGCUACAACGCCUACCCCGCCUACACCAACUACAACAGCCCGGCCUGCAACGCCAACUACAACUGCAACUACCCUUCCAUGCAGACCAUGCAGACCUCGGCUCCCGGCAACAACUUCAUGAACUUCAGCGUAGGGGACUUGAAUUCAGUGCAGACGCCCAUCCCGCAGGGAAACGCGGGCAUCUCCACCUUGCACGGGAUCCGAGCCUGGUAGAGCCGCUCCCCUCCGCGGGGCCGGGGGUGGAGGGGCUCCGGCUGCACCUGCGACCCGCUCUGGGGACACUUCCAGGCUGCGGGGGGAUAAGGACAGUUCAAUACAGCAUCCCGGCGGAGCUCACUGGCGUGGGGACCAUUUUCAGCGGGGAGGGUUUCAGAAUUUGCCCAGAGAAGUGGUGGCUGCCCCAUCCCUGGAAGUGUUCAAGGCCAGGCUGGAUGGGGCCUUGGGCAGUCUGAUCUAGUGGGAGAUGUUGGAACUGGGUGAGCUUUAAGGUCCCUUCCAACCCAAACCAUUCUAUGAUUUCGUGCGGUGGUCAGGGAACUCAGCACUGCCCGCGCCUCCCGACCCUUCUCACUCCCCCUUCCAACGGGGUCUUCAUCCCGGUGAUUCUCUCCCUCCCUUCCUUCCUUCCAAGUCAUUUUGCCUGACUUGUUCUUCCCAACAAUAGCGACCCAAGUCCUACUACAUUUUUUUUUUCCUUUUUAAUAUUUACUCCGAACUAAUUAUUAAUGAGAUCCACAUUUAAUUUUUGCACUGCCCGUACGGUUCCCCGCUGGUCGGUCAGCUCAGCAUCCUGCCAGCCCCCCCUUGCAACGCCGGGGCCCCCGAGGACAGACCCCUCCACCCCAUCACACCCCACUCCAGCCGAGGAAUACGGACACUCCGACCUGCCAGGUCCCCGUAGGGUGAUGCACUAAAACGUGAGUUAGUAUUGAAAUGCACUGUCCGCCCCCGGCCCCGCCGCCCCUUCGUACGUGUUUCCCUUUGCUGUACAAGCUGAUGGAGAUCAGCCAGUUGUCAAUUAAAGUGAGUGGCUUAACCUCGGCUCGUCCCUGG